AUGAGGAGGUGGGCCUUUUCCGCCAUCGUUCUACUGGCGCUGCUGAGUCUCGCAGGUUGCGAUGGGGGACGUGCAGACUCCUUUAUAGCCUCCUCCCACUGCAUCCUGAACUUCUACCACCUCGUGGACAUCCCCAGACCGCACGAGGUGCUGGAGCAGCACCGGGCCUUCCUGGAGGGCAGGGAGGUGCGGGGCCGCAUUUACAUCUCCCACCAGGGCAUCAACGCCCAGUGUGGCGGCGUCACAGCGGAUGCCGUGGCAUACGUCCAGUGGCUGGCACAGGAGCAGUCCCUCUUUGAGGGCCUGCGGUACAAGCUGUACCCCGCAGACGACCAUGCCUUCCCCCGGCUCAGGCUGAAGUUCCGCCCCAACCUCAUCAGCUUGGCGGGGGGGAUGACGGCGGCGCCGGUGACCGAUGCCCAGGCGCGCGCCACACCCUUGGACCCCCUGGCCUGGAAGGAGAUGCUGGCGCAGGCACAGAGCCCAUCCUCAGGGACCAAACCUGUUGUGCUGGACGUCAGGAACUCUUAUGAAUGGGACGCUGGGCACUUUGAGGGAGCGCAGCGGCCCUUGGAGGACGAGUUCCGGGAAACGCCCACCGCCGCCAGCCGCACACCGCUGCCCCACCACCUGGAGGGCGUGGACCCGGCCACCCCCAUUAUGAUGUACUGCACCGGCGGCAUACGCUGCGACGUCUACUCCACUCACCUGCGGGCCCAGGGGUACAGCAAUCUGUACUCUCUCGACGGCGGCAUCCAGUCCUACCUGGAUGCCGGUGUGGGCGAGCACUGGAAGGGGUCUCUCUAUGUGUUUGACUCCAGGAUGGCAGUGCCUGCCCCAAGCCCCGCAGCGACGGGGGAGGAAGGGGAGGCGGGACUCAUCGCCGCGGCGCCGUGCCAGGUGUGCGGGGGCGCGGCCGUGCUCCCGCACAUGAACUGCGCGAACAUCGACUGCAACAAGCUCUUCAUCGCCUGCCCCGCCUGCAAGACGCAUCUCAAGGGCUGCUGCAGCGAGCCAUGCAUGACAGCUCCGCGCCUGCUGCGCCCCAUCAAGGACGCGGGCGUGUACGGCAGCUGGACGGCCUACGCUGGGGAGGAUGGCGUGGCCGCCGCCGCCAUUCGCUCCGGCAGGGGCUCUCGCCGCGCGCAGCGGAGGGCGGUGCGCCUGGCCGAGGAGCGCAGCCGCCAGCGUGCGAAGCGGGAGGAGAAGAUGGAGCGCCGGCGCCUGGUGGAGCAGGUGAUGGCGGCCUGCGCCGCAAAGGCCCCCGCCGAGGCGGAGGAUCCGGCCUGGCGCCGGCUGCGGGAAGCCCGGCUGAAGCUGAUGGCGCAGCGGCAGGACAAGCUGCGUGGGCCGGCGCACGCCGCCGCAAAGGAGGCGCGAGGAAGCUGA